CAUUUAUCCACAUAAAUCCAGUUGGAAUCAAUUUUAUCACAAGCAAAUUAAAAAUCACUUUGAUUAUCACAAGCAAAAUUAGAAGGAAAACAAGAUUCAGAAAUAGGCCGACGUGUCAUGUUCCCCGAACCAAGAUAACAAAAAGAAAUCGAUAACCCGCCACAGCCUCAAAAUUCAAUCCAGAAAUCCGCUCCCAUGUCUCUCUUCGUCGCCAGCGGCGGCAAUGUUGCCAAAACUCUCCCCGCCGGAGCCAUCUCCGUACAGCGCCAUCUGUCGUCUAACUACUUCCCCCGUCGCAGUGGCGUCCGGCUUCCGCAGCCGCUCUCCCCCAGGAGAGCUCACCUCCUCCUCCACAUAGUCUCCGCCAAGGGUCGGCGGGGCUCCAUCAAAACCACCGAGAAGUCGGGGGAGAAACGGAACACGAAUCCCGAUCAGAUCGAGUUCGGCUCCUCCACAGAUGGCACUGAGAGCAGCAGCGCCGGUUUAAGCAGCGGUAGUGUUGUUGAUGACGGUUUUGUGAUGCCGAAUCUCCCAGGGGACGAAAAGGACUUCUGGGAAGGUCCGCAGUGGGAUACUCUCGGCUUCGCCGUCGAGUAUCUGUGGGCACUGGGUAUUGUUUUUUCGUUGAUAGCUUGUGGCGUUGCUGUGGCUACAUACAACGAAGGAGCAACAGAUUUCAAGGACACUCCGGCGUACAAAGAGUCCACCCAGACAGGGGAUGUUUUGGAAGAACCUGGUGAAUCUGUUUUCGAGUCCAAUCCAACUGAGGAGGCACCUAGUUUGGAUUAAGCAAAUCUUUGUGAAUUCGACGCGAAGAAGAAUGAAACGGUCUCCGUGGAUCCUCCAUACGUUGGCGCUCGAAGGAUAGAAGACGACUCCAUAAGGUUUAUGAUUUGCUUGCCUAUACUUUGCGCUGAAAGGAUUUGCUGCUGCUGCAAGCUCUUCAGUCUGUGCCCGCGCAGAUUAGUCUGAAGCGCAUGCAUUUGGCUAUCGAAAAGUUGUAAUUGCUUAGACAAUCUUGGUGUUGGACAACUGUAUACUGAGAUGCGCUGGAUUUAUAGUAGAAUCAAGGUAGUUCCUUUAGCUACUAGUAAGUUUGAUUGUUGCAAAUCUGAGCUCAAUUGCAUAACAAACAUAAAAAGUAGCCCAAAGGGAUAUAAAUCGCAUGGAAACCAACCAUGUAAGGUGAGUUGGAGAAGGGCUGUGAGGUUUAUGAAUGCUUAUGGCCCUACAAGGUCUGGGUAGCCCGUCAUCGAGCACCCUAAUUCGAGCUAGCUAUGGGGUGGCAUUCCGCAGCCACCCACGACACAAGGUGAACAUCCAUUACAGGCUCAGACUCCAAUACAAGCAGAGAGAUGGGUCAUUGUUCAUGGCCAUAGCCAAGCAAUGGAUAUAGAGUGGCGGCAUGCCAUCUCGGAGUCGAAUUACCAAAGGAUAGAGCGCAAAUGGAUAUUAAAACAAGUCAAACAUU